UGCCCAAAUGCUCAAUCGUUCGAUAGCUCCAAGAAGCACCAUACCGGAAGGUAGAUCGUCCAUCCUCAUAACAUACAGAUCGGAGGUCCAGCAUCUGACGUGACGCGGCAGUAGCUCAGACUUCACAAUUAUAUAAACGCUCCAGCGGCUGAAGCUCACCCUAAUAACAAAUAGUACUGAAGUUAAACUGUGCCUUUUCACCACCAUGACUUCAACAACCACUAAAGAAACAGAAAAGCACUGCGUCCUAUGCUGCCAAGAAGUCGAUAUCUUCGCCUUGGGAAAAUGCGACCACCCAGUUUGUUACCGCUGCUCCACCAAAAUGAGGGUGCUGUGCGACCAGAAGUACUGCGCCGUCUGCCGGGAGGAGCUCGACAAGGUGGUGUUCGUGAAAAAACUGGAGGCCUUCUCAUCUCUGCCCUACCAGCAGUUUCCCUGUGAAAAGAAGCAUGAUAUCUAUUUUUGUGAUGAGAAGAUCUUUGCCCAGUAUAGGCAUCUGCUGUUGCCAGAGUGCCUUUGCUGUUCAGAGCCGAAGGUCUUCUCCAAGUUUGAGGAGCUUGAGCAGCACAUGAGGAAGCAGCAUGAGCUCUUCUGUUGCAAGCUCUGCACAAAGCAUCUCAAGAUUUUUUCCCAUGAGCGUAAAUGGUACAACCGUAAGGAACUGGCACGUCACAGAUUACAUGGAGACCCAGACAACACCAGCCACAGAGGACACCCACUCUGCAAGUUCUGCGAUGACCGUUACCUUGAUAAUGAUGAGCUGCUUAAACACUUGCGCAGGGACCACUACUUCUGCCAUUUCUGUGAUGCAGAUGGUUCUCAGGAAUACUACAGUGAUUACCAGUACCUGAGUGAGCACUUCAGAGAGAGUCACUAUCUGUGUGAGGAGGGCCGCUGUGCCACAGAACAGUUCACCCAUGCAUUCCGCUCUGAGAUUGACUACAAGGCCCACAAGGCUGCAGCACACAGCAAGAACCGAGCAGAAGCUCGACAGAACCGCCACAUCGACCUGCAGUUUAACUACGCCCCGAGACAACAGAGGAGAAAUGAAGGUAUGGUGACAGGUGAGGACUAUGAGGAGAUGCGUCACGCUAGAGGAGGAAGAGGAAGGCCUCAUGGGGGACAGAAGAGCUGGAGAUACUGCCGAGAUGAAGAGGACAGGGAGGUGGCAGCUGCUAUGAGGGCUUCCAUGGCAAAGCAUAGACAGGAGGAGAGAGGACCGAUGCAGGAGAGAGGCCCCAUGCAGGAGAGAGGAACAAUGCAGGAGAGAGGCCCCAUGCAGGAGAGAGGACCGAUGCAGGAGAGGAUUGCUCCCAAACACUGCAGAGAGGAGAGGACGGAGAGAACAGAACCAGAAGAGCCCAGACACCGGACCGGACCAAUAAAACCAUUAAGCAAACCUCCAGUAAAAACGAUGAAGACCGCUAAUCUUGGUGAUGAAGAAGAUGACUUCCCAGCUUUAGGAGCCAGAGCUGCUCCAGCCAUGGUAAAGCCAUGUCAUGCGACGCUAACAGCAGCCCAUGCAGCUCUGAAGGAAGACGACUUCCCUAGCCUCUCAGCGGUAUCUGUUGCAUCUCCUAUGACCCCAGCUUACUCUGCCCAACCUAAGAAGAAUUCCUCUUUCCAGGAGGAAGAUUUUCCGGCGCUCGUGUCCAAAAUCCGGCCCCUCAAACAUGCAGCUGGCACCAAGUCUGCUUGGUCCAACCAUACUGUUCUGACUAAACCCAACACUCAACCUCCACUGUCCUCUAGACCUCCUCCUCCUCCUCCCUCAUCUGCAUCCUCUGGCCCUCAGCCCCUCUCCUCAAACUCUUCAUCUUCACGGAGGAAAAAGAAGGUAGGCGAGAACGGAAAACCAACAUCUACCCGCUCUCCUCCUUCAUCUGAUGAUGAUGAUAACAGAGGCAUGACUCAGCAAGAGUUCCGCUCAGUGCCCACCAUGAUGGAUAUCUCGUCUUUGCUCACCGUUAAAGGAGGCAAAAGCAAACCCUCCGCUGUGACCACUAAGCCUCCAAAUCCAACCCCCAACACUCCCCCUACCUCCAAAGCCAUUAAGAAGAAGAAAACACAGAAGAACACAGCUGAUCCCUCUACGUCUGUGUCUUCAAUGUCGGGGACGACACCAACUGUAGUGGCAAACUCAGUGGAAACAGUGGCACAAAAAGAGAACGUCCCUGAGAGAAGUUGUAACAAACCCCCCUCCAGUACUGUGACAGCACCACUGAUGAGUGGAUUGGCUAAUGGCAACCCGGAGAAGUCACCACCCAUUAGUAAAGAGGCAGUUGCAAUAACCCUCCAUCCCAAGCCAGAUCCCCCUCUUGAUCGGGAGGAAGAGUUCCCUGCUCUCAUGACCAAGAACCCACCACCAGGCUUCAAGUCCUCCUUCCCGCUGAAGGCCUCAGCUCCUGCCCCGUCCCCAGUUUUGCCCCCACCUCCACCUGGCCUGGGUAUCUCAGCCCCUAACCCUCCCCCAGGAUUCACUGGGAUCCCACUCAACAGCAAUGUGGUGGAGCCCGCUCCAUCUGCAGUCAACCCGCCCCCCAAGGUGUCAAGCAGUGGUUACCUGGUGCCAGAGGACUUCCAUCAGAGGAACUUGGAGCUAAUCCAGUCCAUUAGAAAGUACCUCCACAAUGAUGAAUCAAAGUUCAACCAGUUCAAGAACUUCUCUGCACAGUUCAGACAGAGUGUGAUAUCAGCAGUCCAGUACCACAGCAGCUGUAAGGACCUGCUCGGAGAUGACUUCAACCGCAUCUUCAACGAGCUGCUGGUGCUCUUGCCAGACACUGGCAAGCAGCAGGAGCUCCUGACUGCCCAAGCAGACUGUAAGGCGCUGGAAAAGCAGUCGGGCACUGGAGGAGGAAAGAAAAACAAGAACAAGAAGAACGCCUGGCAGAUGCCGACCGCAGUGGCUAACGCAGCAGCUGACCUGGACUGCCAGGUGUGCCCCACUUGCAGACAGGUACUGGCCCCUAAAGACUUCAACUCCCACAAAACCCUGCACACUGGAGAAUAUGAAGAGUUCCCUUCCUUGCAGUCAAUUAGCCGUAUCAUCAGCUAGCCCCUCGUUUUUCUUUGCUCCGUGGGUCAGGCUUUCAGUUACUCAUGCAGACUCCGGUGUGGAAAAAAGCAGCGUGUUUGUUGGGUAUCAUGUCCCGGCGGAGUAAAGGGCUUAUAGCUCAUAAGAAAUUGGAAUUGAAGAGGGUUAUGGUGUUAUUACUUUCUAAGGGGAUCAUGUUGAUGGCACCGGCAACGUCUAACAAGAACUGUUGAUUUAUUUAAUGUAAGAGGAGAGACAAGCCAAGGCCUUACUUGAAUUCUUAGCUUCUUCGUACAAAAAUUGUAUUGAUUUCAAUUUUUUACCUUGCUUUGUGUUUUCACUUAGACCGAAGAUGACAAAAUGUAUUUUGUUAACAGCAACGUUGAUAAAGUAUGUAUGAUUUUGCCAGCGGCGCUGCUUGGUUAAAUAACAGAAUAAACACACAUGUUCGGUUUGACUAUUUAGCACCAUAUUUAUUUAAGUGUAGCCGUUUAAUUGCGUUUAAUUGUUUGUUGCUUUAUGCUGAGGAAGGUCUGUUGAGUGUUUGAGUGAAUGGAUUGUUAGCGUUGUGAAGGAAGGUAAGUGACAGGAUAAAAGCUGCUUCAGAAAUCAGAACAAAUAAGGUUGACUGUUUGAAUGCUUUUUAAUGUAUACCAUAUUCUUUUAAUCUGUUCACAUCACUUGCCAUUGGAUGGGGUAAUCAGCUGAUUAAUGGACUGGCUGUUUAGUGGUGUUGCACAAGGUUUCAAAUGAAAACUAAAUGAAAGCGUGAAUUGCGUAUUUUCGCAGUUGCAUGUUCAAAUAAUCCAUCAGUAGUGUAAUGAGACACAAACCACUGAGGUCACCAGUUGUUUUAUUAAGGCAUACAUUUUGUUAUGAGUAAUAACGAAGAAAUUCCUAGUGUUAUUGUAAUGCUUGCAACACAAAAAAAGCAUUGUCAUUCCCAUACUCACUCUCCACUCUGCCUCCGUCGUAUUCCAGCUGUGACACACUGGGCAUGUUUACUCUGUUAGAGGGGGACUAGUUGGAUCCAGUACACAAUCUGUUCAUCUUCUCUCUCAGGACCCCUCGCCUGCUUCACUGCCCACCUGGUGUGUGUCUGUCCUGUCUGUGUGUGUGUGUGUUUGUUUUUGUCUGAAUGAGUGUGUAUAUAGAGUUUGUGAACAUCACCCAGCAGCUUACUCUAUUUUCUGUCUGGCUUCAAUAAAGCUGUUUCUGUCAGCACUGUA